GCCCGGGGAUUCCCCUGCUCGGGUCGGGUAGAGAAAAACACAAGAGGUCUGCAGACAUGUCCGGACUUGUUCCUGUGUCUUACUCAAGUUACUGGGACACUUCUUAGCGGGAACCAUGGCCGGGAAAGACUCGCCAUGGAGGAUUCUCUGCCUUUCCCCGACCUUGACAACGACACGACAACGACCUUCGCACAACUGUGGAACGACUCGUCGAUAACUGAGGCAGAUUUUGGUGUCCAGCCGUUUGAAGCAAGCCUGCUUCCCUUUUCCAGUGACAUGGGGGAGUUUUUCCAGCAGAUGGAAGGGAACGUACGGAACGUCAGUAACGAUCACAGCUACAGCCAGCAUUCCGACCAGUCUGAUCAGGGGUCAGAAACUACAGCGAUGGAGGGUCAGCAGACGGACAGGGUGACCUCCAGCGUGACCUCCGGCCCCUCAGCGACCUCCUCAGACGUCCCGUCCACCACAGUGUACCCGGGACCCUACAGCUUCCAGGUGGCCUUCCCCCCUCAGACGCUCAAACCCAAGUCUAAGAAGCUGGCCUGGACCUGGUCGGAACCCUGCAAGAUGCUGUAUGCUGACUUCAACAAGAUCUGUCCCUUCAACUUUAAGACGGUGCGCCCCCCUCCCGCUGGCUGCCUGAUCCGCGCCAUGCCUGUGUACCUGAAACACGAGCACAUCGGCCUGCCCGUUAAGCGCUGCCCCACGCACCGCGAGAACGACUUCAACAACGCGGACCCGCCGGCACACUUCCUGCACUGCCAGGGGAAAGCUGUGGAGUACCGCGAGGAUCCCACCACGGGGAGGCACUCCGUCAUCAUCCCCUACGAGCAUCCGCAAGGUUCGUUCUUAGCUUCCCGACAACCGGGUACGGAGUGGUCGACCGUCCUGUACAAGUUCAUGUGUCUGAGUGGAGACAUUUGUUUAUUCUGGUACGGAGUGGUCGACCGUCCUGUACAAGUUCAUGUGUUGCGGUAG